AAGGGGCGGGUGGUUACUCUCCCUGCUAGGUUGGUAGGAUAAGGGAUAAAAUAUACAGAGAGGAGGAUCCAAUCCGGUUGGAGCUAGUUCUAGUACUGGCCGGACGCAUAUGUUAAGUUACAGACUGAUCCGGAGGUGUAAGCAGCAGAGGUGUACCCACAUUCAUUUAGUUUCCUGCACUGUGAAAGGCUGUGUUUUUCUUCUGUCUCUGCCGCACCACUUAAAGCAACAAUGGGAAGAAGGAGCAACAAAGCCAACGCAGACGGAGCCACAGAGCAGCCACUGAGAAAGUCUCUGCGGUUGUCGAAGGACACACCAGAAGAAAAACCAGAAAAGACAGAAAAGCCAGAAAAGACAAAGGCAACUCCCAAGAACAAAAAGGCAGCCAAACCAGCAAAGGCCAAGCCAGAGGAGAAGAAGAAGGAAGAGCCCGAGGUUGAGGAGGCGGAGGCAUCUCCUGCAGAAAACGGAGAGGCCAAAGCUGAGGAGCCCGCUGCAGCAGCAGAGGAAGCAGAAGACGCAGACGAGGCAGAAGAAGCAGACGAAGCAGAGGAGAAGGAGGAUAAAGCUGAGGAAGCAGAGGAAGAAGACAAAGACGCCGAGUAGAUGUGACCCACCUAGACUAACUUGCCAGAGCCCCCCUGUACCUCGUUUCUUGUACAAUGCAGAGACUAUUUUUAUCUACUAUUUUCAUAAGACAGUAAAGUUUUUAGGCACGUAAUUGCAGUAAUGCAUUUUUAAAGAAACAACUACAAAUUUCAUUCUGUUUCUUCUCAGUCGUUGUGUUUUAUUUUAUGUUUUGUUCCAUUGUUUGUACUCUCUGGCUUCUUACUUUGCCUUUGUUUAGGUUUGUAGUUUUCCUGCAUGACAUGAAUUCGUGCCUAUAUCAGGAAUUUGAUGUUUGGCUCUGGGAGAGUUUACCUGAGACAUUCCCGAGGCGCAUUGAGGGGUUUUUGAAUUCAAUUCAUCAUAAAGUGUUAGUAUGAUUGAAGGGCUGUGCUAAGUCAGUCUUGUUCAUAAUGUUCACUAUUACUGGAUUAUUUUUUUAAUGCUGUCAGUGAAGGUACAUGUGAGGAUUUUUCGACACAUCCGAGCUCUCCGCUGUGCUCAAAUCAAGAUGCAUUACAAAGCUAAUCAUGCGUGUUUUAGUUCAUCCCGUUAGGAUUACUGUAUUCACACCUCAGUCAACAAAAUAUAUCCGCUACUUCUCAGUGGAUAUAUCCUUUGAGUUUUUUUUGGGAUUUCUCUACCAAUGUACAGUUUCCUCAUUUUUUUUAAAAAAAUCAAAAAAUCAAAAAUACAUUUUUCUUUGUUAUGAAUGGUAUGAAAUGCCAAAUAAAGUGGGAAUUCCUGUAAA